GAUUGGGAUUUAGUCUCCGUUUGAGAAAACGCGUUUACAAUUUUUGCACCCCUGCAAAACAAAUCACCUUCCGAUCAGCGCCGUUCGAAGAUGAAACAUGCAUGGAGCAUGGUUGGUGACGCACACGAUGCUCGUUCGCCAUAUACAACCGCCAACAGAAUUUGUGCGAGGUGGAUGGUUUCUUUUAUUGAGGAAACUUUUUUUUUGACGAAUUGGUUGAUUGAUUCUUCAUUCCUUCCAGUGGGACCAGAGUCCAAUUAACGGCGCAUAUAUAUACGUGUGCAAUUCACCUGAUUCCGCUCGGUCGUGCGUGGACCCAAAACCUCCCAACCGCCGCAGCCAUGCAAACCCUCGUCCUCCCCGACGCCAUGGCCGUGGCAGCGGCGGCGGCGGCCGACGUGCCAUCGCGCACGCAAACUCUUCCCCGCCGCGUGUCGGUGUCGAUGGCGCGGGCGCCACGGCGGGAGUCGGACCCAAAGAAGCGGGUGGUGAUCACGGGGAUGGGCGUGGUGUCGGUGUUCGGCAACGACGUGGGCGCGUACUACGACCGCCUCCUCGCCGGGAGCAGCGGGGUCGGCCUCAUCGACCGCUUCGACGCCUCCGGGUUCUCCACCCGCUUCGCCGCCCAGAUCCGCGGAUUCUCCUGCGAGGGCCACAUCGACGACGAGAGUGACCGCCGCCUCGACGACUGCCAGCGCUACGCCCUCGUCGCCGCCAGGAAGGCCCUCGCGUCCGCCGGGCUCGCCAUCGGCUCCAGAGCGAUGUACAAGAUCGACAAGGAACGCGCCGGCGUGGUCGUGGGCUCCGGCAUCGGCGGCGCGACGGCGUUCACGGCGGGGGCCGAGGACCUCAUGAGGAAGGGGCCGAGGGGAAUCUCCCCCUGCACGAUACCGUUCGCGAUGCCCAACGCGGCGUCGGCGCUGGUCUCCAUCGACGCCGGGAUCGGCUUCCUUGGCCCCAACUACUCCAUCUCCACGGCCUGCGCCACGUCCAACCACUGCCUCCACAGCGCCGCGGACCAGAUCCGGUUGGGCCGCGCGGACGUCAUGGUCGCCGGCGGCGCCGAGGCCGCCGUCGCGCCCGUCUGCCUCGGCGGUUUCGCGGCUCUGCGGGCGCUGUCGCGGCGGAACGAAGACCCCGGCGCGGCGUCCCGGCCGUGGGACAGGGACCGCGACGGCUUCGUCUUGGGCGAAGGCGCCGGGAUACUGGUGAUGGAGAGCCUCGAGCACGCGAGGCGGCGCGGCGCCCCGAUCUUCGCGGAGUACCUGGGCGGCUCGGCGACCUGUGACGCUCACCACCUGAUGGACGCGAGGCCCGACGGCCGUGGCGCGGCGGCGUGCAUCAGGCGGAGCCUGGAAGACGCCGGCGUGGCGCCGGAGGAGGUGAACUACGUGAACGCUCACGCGACGUCCUCGCUUGCCGGGGACCUGGCAGAGGUGAAGGCACUGAAGCAGGUGUUUAAGAACCCGUCCCAGAUCAAAAUGAACGCGACCAAGUCCAUGAUCGGGCAUUGCCUUGGCGCGGCCGGCGGGCUGGAAGCCAUUGCUACUGUCAAAGCCAUAACCACCGGCUGGGUGCAUCCGACUAUAAACCAAUUUAAUCCUGAGCCGGCGGUUGGUGAAUUUGACACUGUGCGUGGGGUGAAACAGCUGCACGAGGUACACGUCGGUAUCUCCAAUUCGUUUGGAUUUGGUGGGCACAACUCGGUGGCAGUGUUCGCACCGUUCAAGCCCAUAUCCUGGUGAAUGACCAAGACGGUGCGUCGCACGUUUCUGCAGCAACACCACUAUAGUACAUGUUUUGCUAGAACACGAUAUAGGCCUUGUUUAGUUUCGAAAAGAUUUCGGAUUUCGGUACUGUAGCAUUUUCGUUUG